CUUCAGUGAAGACACUUGAAGUUUUGAGAACGCUGAGUGACCAUGGCCGAGUACAAGGUAGAUGUAACAACCGGAGACAGAGUAGGCUCCGGAACGUUGGACCGCAUCUACAUCACCUUGUUGGGAACAGAAGGCCAGAGCGAGAAAGUGGCGUUGGACAGCUGGGGCGUUUACGUUGUCAGUGGCACAACUGGGACCUACACUGUAAAAACCGGUACGUCUCUGGGAAGACUCCUGCUGGUCAAGGUCGAGAAAGAUCCCUACUUCUUCUCCUUUGACAACGAGUGGUACUGCUCCAAAAUCGUGGUGACCACCCCAGAGGGAGAGGCCAUUCUUUUCCCGUGUUACCGAUGGCUGACUAAUAACGAAGCGGUGGAGCUGAGAGGAGGAAAAGCCAUGAAAGUUUUCGAAGACGACCACCCGAUGUUGAUUGAACACCGCAAAAAAGAGCUGGCAUCUAAACAGAGCUUGUUUAAAUGGAACGUCAUGAAGGAAGGACUCCCUUUCCACGCUGAUUUCAAUACAUUAAAUGUUCCGGCUGAAGUCCGCAUGACCGUGGCCAGAAGGGGGCAAUCCAAGAUGACCUUCCUGAUGUGUGCCUUGGAGCUGAAGAUGAAAGGGAUGCUCGGAUCUGAGGAAAGUUGGGAAAACAUUGACGAUAUGAAAAAAAUCCUCUGGAAUAGAAAAACAACAUUAUCAGAAUACGUUUCCCAACACUGGAAUGAAGAUGACUUUUACGGAUACCAGUUUCUAAACGGAAUGAAUCCCAAUAUGAUCAAACGCUGCUCCGCGCUUCCUCCAAAUUUCCCAGUCACAGAGGAAAUGGUUAAACCAUUCCUUGAGGAAGGUAGCACUCUGGACAAUGAAAUCCAGAAAGGAAAUAUAUUCCUGUAUGACCAGAAGAAAAUGAAUGGCAUACCUGGGAGGAUGUUUAAUGGUGUACGUCUCCAAGUGUCUGCUGGUCUCUGUCUGUUUUACCUGAAUCCUGAGAAGAAACUGAAGCCCAUUGCUAUACAGUUGCAACAACAACCCUCAGAGGACAACCCCAUUUUUCUGCCCAGCGACUCGGAGACUGACUGGCUUCUUGCCAAGUUCUUCAUUAAAAAUACAGAUAUGAUGGAUCAUCAGGCAAACCACCACUUUAAAGACACUCACUUCCUCUCUGAGGUCUGGGUUACGAGCCUUAUCCGCAACUUCCCUGUCAUUCAUCCAAUUUACAAGUUCCUGAUCCCUCACUUUCGCUGGAUUCUCCAUAUUAAUGCAUUGGCCCGUGACAUUCUGUUUGGACCCGAUGGACCCUUUGUAUCGUGUACAAUUGGCCUCGACGGCACUUUUGAGGCAAUGGCAAGGUCCCAUGCCGAGCUCACCUACAGCAAACUGUGCUUUCCGGAGAACAUCGCCGCUCGGGGACUGGAGUCCAUCCCCAACUUCUACUACAGAGAUGAUGGCCUUCAGCUAUGGGACAUGAUCAAUAGCUUUGUGAAGGCGGUUGUGGGACACUUCUAUCGUUCCGACAUUGAGGUGGUGAAAGACUCUGAGCUCCAGGGCUGGAUCCAUGAGAUAUUCACUCGAUGCUUUUUAGGGAACAAAUCCUCAGGGUUUCCUGAAUCCUUCCAAAAUGUUGAGGAAGUGGUCAAGUUCAUCACCAUGGUCAUCUUCACUGUGUCCGCUCAGCAUUCCGCCAUCAAUUCCGGACAGUUUGACUACCAGUCCUUCAUCCCUAAUGGCUGCACCAGUGUACGCAAGCUACCUCCAACCGUCAAAGGACAGUCGAGUAUGAAGACCUAUCUGGAGACGCUCCCAAACAUUGGCGAGUCGGUGAAGAUAGUGAGCCUCGUCUAUGUGCUCUCACUAAAAUACAUGGAUUUUGUGGCCCUGGGUUCAUACCCUGAGGAACGAUUUCAAGAGCCUGAAAUCCAGGAGAUGGCCAAGGAUUUUCGAGCACAGUUAUCCAAACUCACUGACGUAAUCAAUGCCAGAAACGCACAGAUUACAGUGCCGUACAUGUAUAUGAACCCAGUUCGAGUAGAGAACGGUGUCACCCAGUAAGGGGUCUUAUCCGCAUGACAUAAUAGUGCCUGUCUUGCAUGCUGGCAGGUUGUUUUAAAAGUCACAAUAGCAUUUUAUUAGAUUAGACUUUAGCAUGAGCUACUGCAGGACUACAUUGUUGGAUAUUAUGGUACUUAAGUCGCUUUCUUACCUUUUCAGUAAGAAAAGUAGCUAUUGGCUAUCCUAGAAGUCCCUAGAUGUCAUAGUCAGUCAUUUGCAUAUAAUGUUAAUUAAAUUAAAUGAAUGUAAUAUUUUCAUCUUUUCACUGAACAUAUCAUGUAAAAAACUCACAGUACCGGGUGGAAAAUGUAUGUCAAUGACCUUGGUCAAUGACAAUACAAGAGCUAAUUUGAGUCAGGUGACAUCCAACAUGGAGUUCAAUUCGUGUGACGAGUUUGCAGGAGCCGUAUCCAGCUGCCCUGCCCUUUAAAAACUUACACUAGUUUUGAAAUGGCUUCUCAGAAGAAGCAUCGUCUGAUGGGAACCAUGCCCAGCACCAAAAUGUACGAUUGUAUUGUGACUUAAAUUAAUUUUAAAAAAAUGUGCAGAAAUCAAAGAAAGCACAAAGGGUUCAAAUACUUUUUGCUUAGAUCUUGCUGUGUAAGCUCAGGGAGAACACAAUGCCGAAGAAUAGGUGCUUUCACUUUUAAGUCCUCAAAUAUAGGAAACCUCCCCAAUAAACACAAUUUAAAAGGUCACUUUUGAGAGGGUUUAUGAUAGCAGCUACUAUGUUUGUACUUUACUAUUUACACAAUGCUUUAAAUGCGUAGCUUGACCCAGAUAACCAAAAUAAAUGUGCAUU